AUGAAUUAUUUCUUUGUCGUUGCCGCCCUGCUUCUGAUUACGUACGCUUCAUGUUUAAAAACGAGCAAAUGCCACAUUAUCGAAGAACCAACUUCGCUUACAAUCCAGAAUCGAAGGGACGUGGUGAUCGAUUUUAAGACGAAGCUGGAUGAUGGAAAAUGGGCGGCUUUCGCCAUCGGAAAUGGAACCAAUAUGCAAGAUCUUCACGCUUUUGUCAUUUCUCGUACUGGAACACACCUGACCUUCCGCACCGGUAUCACCAAAGGCUUUGGAAAAAUCGAGUUCGACAAGACGGAAUCGAUUCCUGUCACGACUUCGUUGAAAGGAGAUCUUGCGCAUGUGACGGUUCAACUAGCAAUGCACUCAGCUGAUCCGAGCCGAGUUGUUCUCGACCAAUGCCAAAAGUUCCAUGUCGUUUCUGCUGGACUCGUUAACAAUGUCGGUGAUAUUCAGAAGCAUCAAGACAAAAUUUUGAGUGGCGUGUUGUGUGCCGACACUUGCGGUCCCGUGAAUUAA